GUGAAAGUAAGUUAUCAUCUGCUAUUUGCAUUCUAUUCUUCUGAUAUAGUAGGCAUUUGCAAGAAGCUAUUAUCAACUCAGAAAUCAUCUCAGUUUUGGUGUUUUUUGACGGACGACCUCUCUCUUUCCUUCGAAAGGAAGCCUUUUUGACCUUUGGUAGCAAGACACAAAUUGGAGGAAAUUCAAAGUGUGUCUACUGGAAGUCCCUUCCUGGGCAGGGAGAGUGGUCAUCAAAUGGCUUAUCUCUGAUCAAGAGUGACAGUGAGAGGACUAUUUGUUCAACAAAUCAUUUCACAAGCUUUGCCGUGAUAAUGAGUUUCACAGAAGUCGAUGUGUCUCCAAAAGAUGAGUUUGCACUGGGGAUUAUCACUUACAUUGGGUGCACAAUAUCACUGGUAGCUCUUGCCUCUGCCAUAAUGAUAUUUCUAUGUCUAAGGUCGUUAACUGACAUCAGAUACCAAAUUCAUCUCCAUUUAUGCAUUGCCUUGGCAAUGGCUCAAGUAGUUUUUCUAGUGGGAAUAACAGCGACAGAAAGGAAGUGGUUAUGAAGAUUAGUAGCUGUUCUCCUGCAUUACCUGUACACCGCAAGCUUCAUGUGGAUGAGUGCAGAAGGACUGCAUCUUUAUUUUAAGAUC